AUGAAACUCUCUAUUCUAACAUUAUUGAUGCUCAUUCCGUUUAUAUGUGGAGAAGAAUAUGAUGAUGAAGAGUUACCGCCUCCAUGCAAUCCAAAAACAGAUAAGAAAUGUUUAGCAAGAGAUACAGCGUUAGGUGCUGCCAUAAUUGAUCCAUUAACUUCAGAUUCGAGUAAUUUCUAUCCUGUUACAGGUCCUGAUGGAAUUGAAUAUUGUGAUGAAGGAAUGAAAUUGAAUAUAAGGAAAAGAUUUGAUAAUCCAUCUGUUAUGUCUGAUUUUUAUAUACUUUAUGGUAAAGUUCUGUUAGAUUUAAAAGCUGCUCCAGGUAAAGGUAUCAUUAGUUCAUUUUACCUACAAAGUGAUGAUUUAGAUGAAAUUGAUAUUGCUGAAAUAUUUGGAGGUGAUAUAUAUGAAUAUCAGACCAACUUUUUUGUUAAAGGGAAUACUACUACUUAUAGUAGAGGUGGUUAUCAUCCAGUUGCUCAAUCACCUAUGGAAGAUUUUCAUAAUUAUGGUGUAGAAUGGACACCAGAUAGAAUAGAAUGGUCAUUAGAUGGUGUUGUUACCAGAGUCUUGGAAAAAGAAAAUCCAGAAGGAUUCCCAGCAUCUCCUAUGUUUGUAAAAGUCAGUUUAUGGUCUGGAGGAGAUCCUUCUAAUGAAGAAGGGACUAUUUUAUGGGCUGGUGGAGAAACUGAUUAUGUUGGAUUACCUUACUCUAUGUAUGCUAAAGAUCUUAAUGUGAUAGAUUAUUCUAGUGGUUCUGAAUAUGUUUAUGGUUAUAAUUCUGAUGGAAAUUGGAUUAAUUUAACUGCGAAAAAGGGUAAAAUUUUUGGUGAUAAUGAAAACCGUCAAUCAUCACCAACUCAACAACAAAAUCUGCCAUUUAUCAUUGAAAUACCUCAACUUGAUAGUGAUGUCGUUACUCAAAUAGAUGAUUUAGAUGACAUAUCAGAUUUUGAAGGAGUUGAAUAUGAGUAUGAAGUACUUUAUGAAGAUGAUUUAUCUCCCGUAUUUGAUUCAGAAACAACCACUACUACUACUACCACUUCUGCAAAUGAUAAACGAUUUAUUCAAUUUUUCAAUAAUUCAAUUAAUGCCUCCAUUAAUAUUUCCCAUCAAUUAAGUACUUCCUUCCAAUCAAUCAUAAAUAUAUUAUUAGUUGAAGGGAUAUUCUUUUGGAUUUGGUUGUGA